AUGUUUUCGACAACUGGCCAUGUCUGCAACACCAAGAGGCGGGUCCGGGAGAAGAGAUGGCCGCCGGAAGUGAACUCAUGGGUCAGCGAGCACGCCAUCGCGCAUCCCUGCUUCUACAUAGAGGAGGUCGCAGAGGCGCUGCGACUACAGUUCCCGUCGCUCAACAACAUCUCAGCGUCUACGAUAUGCAGAGCGCUCAUGCAUGAUCUAGGAUUAACGCGAAAAGAGAAACGAGCCCGCGAGGCUUCUGAGUUUGAACUUCGGGACUACAAUCGGCGCUUAAGCCCGUACUACUCGUACCCUGAUCAACGGGUCUUUGUCGAUGAGACAUAA